AUGCCCCCCUCGUCCGACCAAGAUAACAACAACACUUCGGGCGGGAGCAACCAGCCAAGCAAGCUGACUCAGAAGGCCUCCCCAUCUGGAGUGCCGGUCUCUACAAAGAACUGGAAGAAGAAUGGGAAGGAGAAGGAUACUGGCAGCGGCGGGAUACUGGCAGCAGUGACGAAAAAUGCUGUCAAAAUGUCGAACAAGAAUGCAAAAGCAUCUGCAUCUGCGAUCCCCGUUCAAUCCCCCGAGAUGAAGCCAGUAGUAUCCCAAGCAAACGGCAAUGGAAACGGCAAUGGAAAUGGAAAUGGAAAUGGAAAUCCUGUAACGUCUCCUUUAUUGGACGCCCUAUCAUCGGCCGCGAUCACCCAGUCGGCGUCGCAGAACACAAAUGAGUGGGCAAAGAACGUUCCAUCUUAUUCCAGCUCCCCUAGCAAUUUGAUAAACCUCGGGGAGUCACCACCGACUUUGCCAUCUUCUUAUGAGGAGAGGCUUGCUAGUUUCGGAUGGACAACAAGAGAACAAAGAGGGUUAGCUAAUGGCCAUGUGGCAUCAUCGUCUCCCCCUUCAAAUCGGCGUAGACCUUUAAGCUAUCAAAUGGAUAGCAACUUUCCACACGUUGCUGAUGAGCAUAGAUCGCAAGUAUCUUCUUACGCUCCCCGUCGAAGCUCGAUGUAUUCACCACCCCAGCGUUAUCCACACGCUCCACCACUCCCCCAUCAAGCCCAAGCUCAUUUCUAUGGAGCACCUGAUGCGAAUCUCCUACUUUCUCCCCCUGGGCCUGGUCUUGUUCCUGGAGAGAGCGGUUAUUAUUGCGGAUUCGACAGCGUGACAUCUCAAGAUUCAUCAAAGCACACAGAGAAAGUUCUGAUAACUGGGUAUGAAGGCGGAAUAAACAUAUAUUCUGUUACCAAGCGGGGCCUCAAUAAAAUUACUACCCUCGAUGGACUUCGCGGUGGUGUAUACAACGCCAAAAUCCUACCUUGGAGUGUUCCUGGAAAGAAUCAUCAGCCACAUUCUUUGAUUGCUCUCGUCGUGCAUGGUCCCGUCUGGUCGACUGAUACAUCGAGUAGCGAUGAGGCUGGCCCCUCGUCAGAUGGCAAUUCUGCCAUUCAAAACGAAAGUGCUCGAGGAUCACCUCGGAUUCCCGGCGCAUCAAUUCAAGACGUCGACUUGAUUGAGUAUUAUCAGACAACUGUCGAAGUAUAUUCUCUUGGCACAAAACAACAUAUAGGGACUUUGCUCUCGGUUCCUAAAACCCUUCUUCCAAUACCAACCACGAGUCCAUUGUUCAAGGCACCCCCUCCAUCAGGAGCACUCACUAUUCGUGCUGAUGGAGGUAAUGUUGUGGUGGCAUCUGGCUCAACGGGAGAGACCUGGAUUUUUUGCAGGAAUGCUGUCCAUCCUACUGCCUUAGGAGAUUUCAGGUGCAUUGGUAAAGUCUGGACUGCUGUUCAACACGGGGUCUCUGUUGAUUCGACUGGUCUGAACGGCCUGGCUGAUGGCGACUGGUACUCGACGGAAACUGUGGAACGAAAGCAGUACAAGGCGUCCAUCUUAUCCCUGAACGGUCGAUGGCUCGCCUAUUGUCCUUCAGCCCCAUCUUCUCAGGCGUCUUUGCGUGCUACAGUUCCAGGAAUUCCACCCGCAGCCAGGGUUCCAGGUCUGUAUUCACACGCUCCACCACAGUUACCAUCUGUAAACUGCUUAGUGGAGACUCCAGGGGGUGAAAGCAUGGUAAAGCAAAUUAUGCAAGCUGGGACGCAGAAGUUCAUCGAAGGCUCAACAUACAUCGGAAAACAAAUCGGGAAGCAAGGUGCACAGGUCUGGAAUCAUUAUUGGAAUAGGUCUACUCAAAAUCAACCUGCAAACGGGCCCAUCACGUAUCAGGCCCAGAAUUUGGGACACCAAUUCCCACCUACCCACGGCGUUCCUACCCAGGCACCAGCAGUUGCCAAAGAUCCUGGGUUGGUGUCUAUUCUAGACUUGGACUCUCUAGCUCAUCACAGCGCAUCUGCUUCUUCGCCUCAUCCGCUUGCGACAUUCAAGAUCCCUCAUGGGUGUAGCUUUUUGUCUUUCGCUCCUAGUGGUCUAGCGCUUUUCACGGCAAGUAGUAAAGGUGAUAUACAAUCUGUUUGGGAUCUCAUGAAGCUGCAAUAUGCGAAGUCUUCUUUUCUGAAAAAUGGAUUCCAAGGAUCUGAAAGCAAAGGGCCCCAUGUAAGGCAAAUUGCCCAGUUCUCGCGAAUGACGAUCGCCAGAAUUGUGGAUGUCGUAUGGACUUCGCCGCAUGGUGAGCGUGCUGCAAUGGUCACUGAACCUGGAACGGUUCAUGUCCUUGAUUUACCUGCGAGCGCUUUCGCCUGGCCACCGCCGCGUCGGAGGGUUGCCGUAACUCAACCCGCUGAAUCCAUUAGCGAGCCUGCUGGGCCAGUUAUUACGGCUUCUGGUGUAGCAACGAAUGCCGUGAACUCCCUUUGGACUGCUGCAAUGCCUUUAGUGAGCCGUCGUCGUCGAAGUAGCACAGGAAUUUCUGCCAAGACGAUGACGGCGCAAGCAGGACAUGGAACUCAGGUUCUAGCUGCAGGUAUCAGCCGAUCCGUUGGAGCUGCUACUGGGAGGAUGAAUGAGAUGCGAAAAUCAGCAAGUAACAAGGUGCAUCUCCCAAGUAGCACAGUUAUUCCGAGUCGUGGCUGUAUCCUACUCUUGGAUCGCAAGAGAAGUGAUUAUGUUAUUGUCGUCGGCGGAGGGAUUGUCAGAUUCUAUACGAUUAAGAAUCGGAGAGCAGACCGACCUGCAGAUAAGCAGAAGGCUUCUCGAGGAGCAAAGUUCAUCGAAUUCCGAGCUCCGUCACUGCCAAACCCCAAAGUCGUACCAGAAAUGUUGCGAGACUUGAACCAGGCAGGUGACCUUGAGCUUACGGAGCGAGACGUCGAAGACACUCAUUGGAAAUCUCAGAAUACUCCUCGCCAGCAUGGAACGGAGUCAUCAAUUCCUCAAGCAGAAAUCGAGUCCAAUGCGCCGUACCAACCAUUUCACACUGAUAGACGAGUAGGCUUACACGUAUAUUCCCAUGACGAAGCUCCAUUUUCUUCGCCUUCAGUCUCAAUUCUGCUCUCGCCUCUGCCCAAAGCUUCAGCAGCAGCAGCAUCAGCAUCAAAACCCACUACAAACGCACCAUGGGCAUUUGGCGGCCCCAUCAAAACCACCAAGCUCGACGUUGGGCCGGUCCACACACUAGACGAAGACUUCGACUCCCCGACCGACCACCGCGCCCUCCCAACGUCCGCCAUAGAACGCAUCCUCAGUGUAAAAGACAACAUUGAGGAUCAGGAGCAAAUCGUUGUGACGACGCGCAGACGCAAGGGAGUGAGCAAGGAAGCUGACGGUGUGGAUGAGGAGGGCUUUUUCGAGGAUGAUUGUGAAGUGCUUGAUUUCGCUUCUCAGCGAGUUUGA